UAUCGAAUGAUCGACUGUACUAUACCAUACAGUAUCAAAGCACGUUUCGAGAAUAUAAGUUGAGGUUAACUUUCGUAUUUGUUAGAGAACUUAAUUUGUCAGAAAAAUGUAUCUAAUGUAUUAUUUAAAUGAAAAUGGGGAUCGUAUAUAUACGUUAAAAAAACUUGAUCCAAAUGGAAAACCGACUAUGUCUGCGCAUCCUGCUAGGUUCUCUCCAGAAGACAAAUACUCGAGAGAACGAAUUACGUUAAAGAGAAGAUAUGGUUUACUUCUAACUCAGGCUGCGAUGCCAAUUUACUAAUCCAUUAUUUCAAAUUAAAUAAGAUAGAUAUAUAUUAAUUAUUAUAUUAUUAGAAAUAUGUUGCUUAUGUGUUUCAUCCAGCCUUUGACACAUAUGAAAUGAAAAUUUCUUUUAAAGUUUAUACCAAUAGAAGUAAAUAUUGCACUGUGUCAUUUACAAUGUAACAUACAUCAUUGUUUCAUACAAAUGUCUUUUAUUAACGUUUGAUAUAUAGUUUGAUAUUAUAUAUGAAAAAUAAACUUACUUUAUCGUACAGCAAUUUCAAUCAAAAAUAUAGUAAAACUUUGCUAGAGGACUGUGCCGGUGAAAAAGUGUACAUUAAAUCAAAACAACUUCAUGAGAAAAUAUAAAUAACCGAAACAAUAUGUGUAAUUAGAUAAUUUAAAUAAAUCAGAAAUACUCGUUUUAGUAUCUAA